AUGGAGGCACCCGCUGGUCCGGGAGAGGCCAGAGUCUCCUGCAGACGCGGUGACCCUGCCUGUAAGACCCCUGAACGCUCCGGGGCAGGCCUGGGCCACGGACCUGGUGUCCGCUGCUUCCCUGCUGGGCACAGGUCCACUCUGCCCAAAGCCUGGGGGAGGCCAGGUGCCCCCAAGACGUCUAGUGGGGACCUGGACGGGGUGGUCGUGGGGGAGGCGGGGUUCGUGUGGAGGCGGAGGGAGACCACGCCCUGUGCACCAGGAGUCUGCGCCAAGUUCCUGAAAACAAACGCCACAUGCUGCGACAGAGCGCCGGCAGGACCGCAGCCCAGCGUGACCGAGCACACCCUGAUCUCACUGGACCUGCACUCCACCGCCGGCUUCCACGGCUGGAAGGCCAGCGUCCGCAGCGGGGCGGGCUUGGAGGUGGUCGUGGCCGUCACCAGCGCCCCCAACGCCCUGUUUGAGAAAAACGUCUUGGAUUGCUGCAUGUUCCUGAUGACCCAGAGCUACCCGAAGACCAUGAACAUGCGGGACCCCGUGAUGGUGGGGAGGAACAUGGGAGCCAUGGUAGGUGUGGGAAAGAGGGACAGCGUGCUGGUUGGGAACUGGUGCGAGUACGAGGGCGGCACGGCGCACCUGUGGACGGGCAGCGCGCCCAUCCUGCAGCGGUUCCUCAGCUCCAGGACGCCCGUGUCCUUCGGCCAGUGCUGGGUCUUCGCGGGUGUGCUGACCACAGUGCUGCGGGCCCUCGGCAUCCCGGCGCGGACCGUCUUCGACUGCGCCCACCACACGGAGGAGGACCUCACGCUGGACGUGUUCGUGAAUGAGAUGGGCAGGACGGUGCCCAACAAGACCAACGGCUCCAUCUGGCAGGAGGAUCCAAAUUCGAUCCCAGCCCGGCCACCGUCCCCAGGGCUCUACUGCUGCGGGCCCUCGCCCGUGGCCGCCGUCCGCAGGGGCAGCAUCUUCAUGGGCUACGACACCAAGUUCGUGUUCUCGGAGGUGAACGCCGACGACAAGCUGGUGUGGCUGGUGAGGACGGUGGGCGGGCGCGAGAAGGCCAGCCUGCUGGCGGUGGAGACCGUGAGCAUCGGCAAGAACAUCAGCACCAAGGCGGUGGGCCAGGACCCACAGGACAUCACCCACCAGUACAAGUUACCCGAAGGCUCCUCCGAGGAGAGGGCGGUCAUGGACCACGCCUUCUUGCUGCUUAGCUUCAAGCGAGAGUACACGAUCCCCGUCAAGGAGAACCUGCUGGAGCUCUCUGUGCGAGAGGAGCCGGUGCUGCUGGGGGACCCUCUCAGCUUCUCUGUGACCCGGAGGAGGAAGGCUGCCACCCCCCAGACAGUUACCUUCUCGGGCUCCUUUGACCUGCAGUCCUACACGGGCAAGCAGCUGGCAUACCUGGGUGUCAUCCAGAAGACCGUGCAUGUCGAAGAUGAAGUGUCCAGUGUGGUCCUGACCUGGGACUCCAGCACCUACACUGGCAGCCUGGACUUGUUUGAGGAUGAGCCGGUCAUCAAAGGCUUCAUCUUGGUGGAGGUGAUGGAAACCAAGGAGACCAUCGCCACCGGGUCGCUGUGUUUCCGGUACCCCCAGUUCAUUACAGAGCUGCCCAACAAAGGCGGGGUGGGCCAGGCCCUCACGUGUACCUGCACCUUCCGGAACUCACUGGUGACCCCACUGACCCACGUCAUGUUCUCUGUGGAGAGCCUGGGCCUGUCCUCCCUGCAGAGCACGGAGCAGGGGACGGUGCCGCCGGGCAAGACCAUGCAGUCCCAGAUCAGGCGCACCCCGGUGAAGGCGGGGCCGCGGAAGUUCGUCAUCAAGCUGAGCUCCCAGCAGGUGAAAGAGAUCCACGCGGAGAAGAUGGUUCUCAUCACCCAGUAGCCACUGCCCAGCUGCGGGGACCACCCACGCGGAGAAGAUGGUUCUCAUCACCCAGUAGCCACUGCCCAGCUGCGGGGACCAGCGGGCGCCCAGCCACGGGGUUGAGCUUGUCGCAUUCCCUUCACACUUAGCUGCAGAUCACGCACGAUUAGCUUUGGCUGCACACGGGAGGCAGAGUCAAGAGCCAGUGGGCAAAAGGCAGGAGUUUAAGGACAGCCACCGGCCUCGGCCCAGAACCCUCCACCUCCAGGUCAUGGCCUCCAGAAGCACGGCUGCUGUCAUCUAGAUUCAGAGUCCAACAGUCCACAGCAGGAAGCCACCCUGGGGAGAGGCUCGGCGGGGACCAGGCUGAGGGAGGCCAGAUGAGCGGGCCCUGCCCUCCGCUCCCCACAGAAGCCGCUUUCCCUGGCUGUGCCUCCCACGCUGCUCUCGUGAUCAGGUGCCUCUAAUUAAACGCUGCU